AAAAUAAAAUGGGUUUUGCGAAACUAAUAUAAAGCACAGUAAGAGGUUUGAGAGAGUCCUUUCACCGAACUCUCUCCUUUUUCCAAUCAAUUAUCUUUUGAAGAUCGUUCAUCGAUUCUAGGGUUUCCAUUUAGUCUUUUCUCUCUCAAAUCAGGGUUUUGGUGUUGCAUUAUGGGUAAUAUUGAAGUGGCAUUACGUUGGUUGAACGAAGGGAAGACGAUUGACUUAGAGCAGGGAUGGGAUUUUAUUCAGAAAGGGAUUAUAAAGCUGAAGAACAUUCUAGAAGGACUGCCUGAGGCACAGUUCAGUUCAGAGCACUAUAUGAUGCUCUAUUCAACUAUCUAUACUAUGUGUACUCAAAAGCCCCCUCACGAUUACGCUCAACAGCUGUAUGACAAAUACAAAGAGUCUUUUGAGGAAUACAUUACAUCAACGGUAUUACCUUCCUUAAGAGAGAAACAUGAUGAGUUUAUGUUGAGGGAGCUUGUGCAAAGGUGGUCAAAUCAUAAAAUUAUGGUCAGGUGGCUUUCUCAAUUUUUCCGUUAUCUUGAUUGCUAUUUUAUUGCUCGGAGGUCGCUUCCAACGCUUAAUGAAGUUGGACUCACAUGCUUCCGUGAUCUAGUCUACCUGGAGUUGAAUGGGAAAGUAAGAGAUGCUGUUAUAUCAUUGAUUGAUCAUGAGCGCGAGGGAGAGCAAAUUGACCGGGCUUUAUUGAAGAAUGUUUUAGAUAUAUUUGUUGAGAUCGGAAUGGGGCAAAUGGAUUAUUAUGAGAAUGACUUUGAAGCGGCUCUGCUCGAAGAUACUGCUGCUUACUAUUCUAGGAAGGCUUCAAACUGGAUCUUGGAAGAUUCUUGUACAGAUUAUAUAUUGAAAGCUGAGGAAUGUUUGAGAAGAGAGAAGGACAGGGUUUCUCAUUAUCUGCAUUCUAGUAGCGAGCUAAAGUUGCUGGAGGUUUGUUCCGAUUCUUGGCCAGAUUAUAUGUUGAAAAAAGUUCAACAUGAGUUGUUGUCCGUCUAUGCAACCCAAGUGCUUGAAAAAGCGCACUCUGGAUGUCACGCAUUGCUUAGAGAUGACAAGGUGGAUGACUUGUCAAGGAUGUAUAGGCUCUUUUCUAAACUACCUCGAGGUUUAGAACCUGUUUCUAGUACAUUUAAGCAGCAUGUUACAGCCGAAGGUACAACAUUGGUUAAACAAGCUGAAGAUGCAGCAAGCAACAAAAAGGCAGAUAAAAAGGAUGUGGUUGGUUUGCAGGAACAGGUUUUCGUUAGAAAAGUAAUUGAGCUACAUGACAAGUACCUGACAUACGUAAAUGACUGUUUUAUGAAUCAUACCCUUUUCCACAAGGCACUCAAGGAGGCUUUUGAAGUCUUCUGCAACAAGGGUGUUGCUGGAAGUUCGAGUUCAGAACUACUAGCUACAUUUUGUGAUAAUAUUCUUAAAAAAGGUGGAAGUGAGAAAUUGAGUGAUGAAGCCAUUGAGGAGACACUUGAGAAGGUUGUGAAGCUGCUUGCCUACAUAUGCGAUAAAGAUCUUUUUGCUGAAUUCUAUAGAAAAAAACUUGCUCGGCGGUUACUCUGGGACAAGAGUGCCAACGAUGAGCAUGAGAGAAGCAUUCUGACAAAGUUGAAGCAGCAAUGUGGUGGUCAGUUCACUUCAAAGAUGGAGCGCAUGGUCACAGAUCGGACAUUGGCACGAGAAAAUCAAUCGAACUUCGAGGAAUAUCUCAGCAAUAAUGCCAAUGCGAAUCCCGGGAUUGACUUGACUGUUACUGUCCUGACCACUGGAUUUUGGCCUAGUUACAAGUCAUUCGAUCUGAACCUCCCAGAAGAGAUGGUCAAGUGCGUCGAAGUUUUCAAAGAAUUCUAUCAGACAAAAACAAAGCACAGAAAACUUACAUGGAUAUUUUCAUUGGGUAGUUGCAACAUCAACGGAAAAUUCGACACCAAAACUAUUGAGAUGAUUAUGACAACCUACCAGGCUUCUGUUCUUCUGUUAUUCAAUGGAUCGGAUAGACUGAGUUAUCAGGAAAUCGUCACUCAGUUAAACUUAACGGAUGAUGACGUUGUUAGAUUGCUCCAUUCACUGUCAUGUGCCAAGUAUAAGAUUCUUAACAAAGAGCCGAACAAUAAAACAAUCUCUCCCACGGAUUACUUUGAGUUUAACUCCAAAUUCACCGACAAGAUGCGAAGGAUCAAGAUUCCACUCCCUCCCGUGGAUGAGAAGAAAAAGGUAAUUGAAGACGUUGACAAGGACAGACGUUAUGCCAUUGAUGCUUGUAUCGUGCGCAUCAUGAAGAGUCGCAAAGUUCUGGGCCACCAACAGUUGGUUAUGGAGUGCGUCGAGCAGUUGAGUCGGAUGUUCAAGCCUGAUUUUAAAGCAAUCAAGAAGAGGAUUGAAGAUCUAAUCACCCGAGACUAUCUAGAAAGAGACAAGGACAAUCCGAACAUGUUUAGGUAUUUGGCAUGAUUUGGCAAGCUGAUAACCCAGAUGAAUUUGUUACUGCAAUGCUACCAGGCAAUUAGCUCGCUCAAAAAAUCUUACGACGGUGGAAGCCCGAGCACAAAGCACCAAUUAUUCCGUCGUGGGAGCUUUUGAUAAUUUGUAUAUUUUGCCCUCAAGUCAGGUGAGGAUUAUUACUACAUAUUCCAUUCAUGUUGAAAAAAAAAAAAGAAAAAAAAAUUGUAAUUAGUUUUCAGUUUGUGUUUCAAUUCCUCCUGGAUGACUCUGUUGACGCUGGUAUUUUAGUUAUUUUUCAGAGUACCUGUUUUAGUUCA